AUGGAUGGCACCUAUUCGCAACAGCUUGAGGAGAUGUGCUCCACCAUUUCAUUAGAUGAUGAAGAAGAGGGGCUGGAGUACACCGAAGAAGAGGCAAAGACCAUUUCAGUGGAUAUCCGUUUGUGUAUGGUUGAGAGGUUUCUCACGGACAAGUUCAUCAAUGUUCAUGCAAUGAAGAACACCCUAGAGGCCCUAUGGAGACUGGUGAGAGGGAUAAGGGAUGGAAAAUACUUGCAACUUGAACCAAGGUCGAGUGAGAUGAUGGGACUUUCUCGAAGGAAGAGAAACACCAACUUAAUACUCACGAAGAAAGUAAAUGGAAAGGCUUAUUUGAUAGACGACCAAGACGUUGAUGCCAAAGCCUCGAGGUUGAAGAGAAUGGUGUGGUGA